AUGGAGAACGAAGAAAGAGCUCACUUGGAGUCACAUUAUCAGACUGAGUUGGAGUCUGUAAAGAAUGAAGUUUCUCGGCUAACCGACUUACUUGAGCAGCUUCUAAGGGCUAAGAAUGGGGAGGGAACAUCAGCACGACAGCUUGAAGGAGCGCCAGCAGUUCACAUUCCUCAAGCAUCUCAAAACCAGGGGGCAAACUCGGCCAAUGAACAACAGUUUGUGCCUAUUACUCCUAUCUUACCACCUCAUACUCCAGUCACUGUUGACUUAACAACGGAGGGAGUCCCGGAUAAUAGGUCUCCCAAUUUGAUAGACCAAGACAAGCUAUUUGCUCUGGAAGAAAGAUUAAGGGCAGGGAUCAAAGCUGGGCGAAUAGCAAUGCCAGUGGAAAAGAAGGGCUUUAUUGGAAGAAAGAGAGAAGGCGAUGUUAACAAUCUGGAAGACGGGUAUAAGGGCAAGAAAGUAGAUUCCCACAAUCCACAACCCGAGUUAACUUGUGAGUACCAUGCGGGUAAUCCUGGGCAUGGGAUUGAAACCUGUUACGCUUUCAAGAAAAGAUUGAUGGAGCUUAUUAAGAUAGGAUGGGUAUCCUUUGAAGACAAGCCCAAUGUUAAUUCAAACCCGUUGCCUAAACAUGCCUCAAGUAGUAGUGGAAUAGGCAUGAUCGAAGAGGGAAAUCAAUGCAAGGUGUUGAAGGUGUCCAUGAAGAGGUUGUACGACAUGUUGGUACAAUCAGGAUUUCUAAAGACAAAGGUGGAGAGCCAUUUAGAGGGAGAUGAUUACUGUGAAUACCAUGGAAGAGAAGGACAUCAUAUUGAGGAUUGCAUCGAGUUUUGCGAAAAGAUGGCAAAAAUGCUAAAAAUGGGGGAGUUGAGGAUUGAACCCGUAAGGAGCAGCGGAGAGGUGAGUAUGAUGGAAGGUCAGAUGGAGAUGACAGGAGUAUGCAGGGUCCAACAAACAGCUAAUGGUCCCCCAAGGCUAAUCUUGGUUAAACCGUCCUACACAAAAGGGAAUCACAAUGCCAUGCCUUAUAAUUAUGGUUAUGCCUCCAGCGUUCAAGCUCCUUUUCCUUUGUUCCAGACUGAGAUAAGUGGGUUGACCAGGAGUGGUCGUUGCUUUACUUCCGAGGAGUUGAGGAAGGCAAAGGGCAAAGAAGUGGUAGAUCUGGACCAAGCACUAGAAGUUAAUAAGCCCGUAACGGAAGAGGAGUCGAAUGAAUUCCUGAAGUUGAUCAAGCAUAGUGAAUAUUGCAUAGUAGAUCAACUAAAGAAGACUCCAGCUAGGAUCUCCCUUAUGUCCUUGAUACUCAGCUCUGAGCCGCAUCGAAACGCCUUGCAAAAGGUAUUGAAUGAGGCAUAUGUACCCCAAGACAUUGAACAUAAAACCAUGGAGCAUCUAGUAGGGAGGAUUCAUGCAACUAAUUACCUAUACUUCACAGCAGAUGAGCUCGAUACUGAAGGUACCGGACAUAACAAGCCCUUAUACAUUACGGUUAGGUGCAAGGACUGCCUCAUAGGAAAAGUACUCAUUGAUAACGGCUCGGCCCUUAAUGUGUUGCCAAAGCACAUGUUGGAAGAAAUGCCGAUCGAUGAAUCCCAUAUAAGGCCAAGUACUAUGAUGGCCAGAGCGUAUGAUGGCUCCCCUAGGCCAAUAAUUGGGACUCUAGAAGUGGAGCUAUAUGUGGGACCACAAAUGUUCCUAGUAACACUUCAAGUUAUGGAUAUCCAUCCUUCCUAUAGUAUGUUGUUAGGAAGACCUUGGAUUCAUGCAGCGGGGGCAGUAGCUUCGUCAUUGCACCAAUGCCUGAAGUAUAUCAUGAAUGGGAUGUUGGUAACUGUCAAGGCUGAGGAGACAGUAUCCAUGAUAAAGAAUGUGGCUGUGCCUUUUAUCGAAGCGAAUGAUUGCAAGGGUAACAAUAUCCAUGCCUUUGAGAUUGUGAACACCGACUGGGUGCCGGAGAAUACAGUGCUAAGAAGGCCAAGGAUCUCAGAAGCAGCAAGGAUGGCAAGUCUAUGCCUUUUGAACCGCGGGAUCCCAGUUCAGUAUAACUUUAUUAUCAGGAUACCAGAAGGGGUUAAUCUGGCAAGGAUGAAAAGUGCUGCUCAAAGAUUUGGGUUAGGAUACCAACCUAACCAAGAAGAUUAUCGGUGGGCUGCUGGUCGGAGAAGGGCAAGAAGGAUGGCUAGAAUUAAAGGAAGAGAGCCUGAUGAAGAAAAGCUAGAAAUCCCUCCCCUUAGCGUGUCAUUCUCAAAAGCUGCAUACAUAAUGCAACAUGAUAAAGAAGCUGAAAGCCUCGAUCAAGAGCUGUCAAACCUGAGCAUAAAUACCUUGGGGGAAAACAAGGUGGAAGGAGAUGACAUGAAGACAGUAGCAAGAAAGGGAGAUGAAGCACUCCCACAACUGACGGUCUACACCAUAGAAGAAGUCUCCGCCAAGACCUUUGUGCGCAAGCUAGUAGAACAACAGGAACAGACUUGGAAGCCUAUCGCCGAGGAACUCGAAACCAUCAAUGUGGGUAGUGAUCAGCUCAAGAAAGAGUUGAAAAUAGGUACCUUAGUUACUUCUGAACAAAGGACAAAAAUGAUCGCCCUGUUACAAGAAUAUGCAGAUGUCUUUGCUUGGUCUUAUGAAGAUAUGCCCGGUUUGGACACAAAUAUUGUAGUACACAAGAUACCGUUGGAAGAAGGCUGUAAGCCAAUCAAGCAGAAGCUGAGGAGGGCCCACCCGGAUGUCUGGAUCAAGGUCAAGGCAGAACUCGAGAAGCAAUGGGAUGCUGGUUUUCUAGAAGUAGUUAGGUAUCCACAAUGGGUAUCUAACAUUGUUAUGGUGCCUAAGAAGGAAGGGAAGAUUAGAGUAUGCGUGGAUUUUCGGAAUUUGAAUAAAGCUAGCCCCAAGGAUGAUUUUCCUUUACCACACAUAGAUGUUUUAGUGGACAAUGCAGCCCGGAGUUCCACAUAUUCCUUUAUGGAUGGUUUUUCGGGAUACAACCAGAUAAAAAUGGCUCCGGAGGAUAAGACGAAAACAACUUUUGUCACACCGUGGGGGACAUUCUGCUAUAAGGUCAUGCCAUUUGGAUUGAAGAAUGCAGGAGCAACCUAUCAAAGAGCAAUGGUGACUUUGUUCCACGACAUGAUGCACAAGGAAAUUGAGGUGUAUGUAGACGACAUGAUUGCCAAGUCUAAAAGAGGAGAGGAUCAUGUUGAAGUUUUGAGGAAGUUGUUUGAGAGAUUGAGGAAGUAUGAACUAAGGCUCAAUCCUGCCAAAUGUUCAUUUGGAGUUAAAUCGGGUAAGCUGUUAGGAUUUGUGGUAAGUGAUAGAGGUAUAGAGGUGGAUCCAGAUAAAGUAAGGGCCAUCCAAGCUAUGUCAUCCCCUAAGACGGAGAAGGAAGUAAGAGGAUUCUUGGGAAGGAUAAACUACAUUGCUCGGUUCAUAGCUCAGUUAACAACGACGUGUGAACCAAUAUUCCGACUACUAAGGAAAAAGAAUCCUGGAACCUGGAAUGAGGAGUGUGAGGAGGCAUUCAAUAAAAUCAAGCAUUAUUUGCAAAAUCCACCUUUACUGGUCCCUCCGGUAUCGGGAAAACCUCUAGUAUUGUAUCUAACAGUGACUGAAGCAGCUAUGGGAUGUGUAUUGGGUCAGCAUGAUGAAACCGGAAGGAAGGAAAGAGCUAUUUAUUACUUAAGUAAGAAAUUCACUGAAUGUGAGUCUAGAUACACGGAGAUAGAAAGGCUUUGUUGUACGUUGGUGUGGGCAGCAAAGAGGUUGCGGCAUUAUAUGUUAUACUAUACCACUUGGUUGAUUUCAAAAGUGGAUCCUCUGAGGUACAUUUGUAACAAGCCAUUUCUCUCAAGUCGAAUUGCAAGGUGGCAAGUUCUAUUAGCAGAAUAUGACAUAGUAUACAUGACAAGGAAAGCUGUAAAAGGAAGUGCAAUCGCGGACCAUCUGGCCGAUAAUGCUGUUGAAGAUUACGAACCUUUGGAUUUUGACUUCCCUGAUGAAGAUAUAUUGUCAAUAGAGAAAGAAGAAGAGAAGACAGAUUGGUGGACGAUGUUUUUUGACGGUGCAGUGAAUGUAUAUGGUAACGGGGCCGGUGCGGUAAUAAUCUCUCCAGAUAAGAAACAGUAUCCAGUUUCGGUUAAACUACAUUUCGAGUGCACCAACAACACAGCUGAGUAUGAAGCUUGUAUCCUCGGGUUAGAAGCGGCAUUAGAGUUGAAGAUAAAGAAGUUAGAUGUAUAUGGAGAUUCAAUGUUGAUUAUCUGUCAGGUUAAAGGGGAAUGGCAGACUAAGGAGGAAAAGUUAAGGCCGUACCAAGAAUACCUAUCCACGCUAGCAAAGGAAUUUGAAGAAAUUAGAUUCACCCAUCUGGGAAGGGAGGGGAAUCAUUUUGCGGAUGCUUUGGCCACACUAGCUGCUAUGACUACCAUUGAUCUCAAGUGCAAAGUACAACCGGUACACAUUGACAUUAGAAAUGACCCAGCUCAUUGUUGCUUAGUUGAAGGAGAGAUAGACGGACAGCCUUGGUAUUAUGAUAUCAAGAACCUUGUGCAAAAUCAGGAAUAUCCGAUGGGAGCUUCCAAAACGGAUAAGAAAACCUUGAGAAGGUUGGCUAUAGACUUCUAUUUAGAUGGAGAGAUUUUGUACAAAAGAUCAUUUGAUGGAACCCUGCUAAGGUGUUUGAAUGAGGCAGAUGCUAGAAAGGCAUUGCGGGAGGUCCAUGAGGGGAUUUGCUCAACCCAUGCUAGCGGACAUAUGAUAGCAAGGAAAAUCCAAAGGGCUGGUUAUUUUUGGAUGACACUAGAGAAAGACUGUAUCGACUAUGUCAGGAAAUGUCAUAAAUGUCAAGUUUACAGUGACAAGGUCAAUAUGCCACCAGCUCCUCUAUUUAAUCUGAUAUCUCCUUGGCCAUUUGCAAUGUGGGGAAUCGACGUGAUCGGACCUGUUAACCCAAAAGCUAGCAACGGUCAUAGAUUCAUCCUUGUGGCUAUUGACUACUUCACCAAAUGGGUGGAAGCUAAUUCGUAUGCCCAUGUAACACAGAAGGUAGUGAAGAGGUUCAUAGAAAAGGAUUUGAUUUGUCGAUAUGGUCCUCCGGAAAAGAUAGUGACAGAUAAUGCACAGAAUUUCAAUGGCAAAAUAAUAGUGGAGCUGUGUACUAAAUGGAAAAUCAAGCAUUCGAAUUCCUCACCAUACCGACCAAAAAUGAAUGGCGCAGUAGAAGCCGCCAACAAGAACAUCAAGAAGAUUAUUCAGAAAAUGGUAGUCACAUACAGAGAUUGGCAUGAGAUGUUGUCAUUCGCUCUUCACGCAUACCGCACUACAGUUAGGACCUCGACGGGAACAACUCCAUAUUCGUUGGUGUACGGUAUGGAAGCAGUGAUGCCUUUGGAAGUAGAAAUCCCGUCGUUAAGAGUAUUGAUGGACUCCGAAUUAGAAGAGGCCGAGUGGGCCAAAGUGAGAUAUGAGCAACUGAACCUGAUCAGUGAAAAGAGGAUGGCUGCAAUAUGUCAUCACCAACUGUACCAGAAACGAAUGGCCAAGGCAUAUGAUAAGAAGGUUAGACCGCGGUUAUUUCAAGAAGGGGAUCUAGUAUUGAAGAAAAUAUUGUCACUACCUGGAGACGAUCAAAGCAAAUGGGCACCGAAUUACGAAGGUCCUUACAUAGUUAAGAAGGCAUUCUCAGGAGGAGCACUGAAGUUGGCUAGAAUGGAUGGAGAAGACCUAGCUCGACCUGUGAAUUCUGACUCUGUAAAAAGAUAUUAUGCUUGA